AUGUGGCGGUCCACCCUUGCCCUCUCCACCGUCCGAGUCCCGGCCCGUCAGACGGCUUCGUUUGCCCCGGCCUUCGCGCGUAGCAGCCUCUCCGCCACGAGCCGGACAUUCAGCGGCUACACCCAGACACCGCGGUUGAUUUCCUCUGCUUGCACAAUCAGCAGACAACAACCAGCUACUCAACCGCAGACACGAGUCUCGUCUCAGCUGCGCCGGAAGAGCGAUGACGCUGGAGCGGGCAGUCUCCGACAAUGGGGCUUUGAAGAUAUAACAUCCGCCCUCCCCACCGACCCCAACACCCCCAGCCCAACCCACAAACCACUAAUCCUCAUCGACGUCCGCGAACCCGCCGAGCUAACCUCAACGGGGAUCAUCCCAUCGGCGCUCUGCAUUCCGCUCGCGUCGCAGCCUGACGCGUUCUACCUCACGCCGGAUGAGUUCGAGACGCGGUUCGGGUUCCCCAAGCCCGAGGUCGCGGCCGACGGGAAUAUCGUCUUCUAUUGCAAGGCCGGCGUGCGUGCGCGCGCGGCGGCGCAGCUGGCUGUGCAAGCUGGGUAUGAGCCUGAGAAGCUCGGGGUUUAUGAUGGGAGUUGGUUGGAUUGGGAGAGGCGUGGGGGGAGGACGGAGAAGUGGGAGGGGUAUGAUUGGUAG